AUGGCCUCACACACCUGUGCUGGGACCAAUCUGACCUCACCCUCUGAGGGAAACACUACACCAUUUCCUAGAGUGUGUACAUCUCUAUCCCAGCAGGAAUCCAAGAUUUCUGAACUCACUGCACAUUUUGACAUGAGCCCUCCAACCGCCCUGCCACCGCUGCGGCCCCUACACACCUACAUCUAUCAUGAAGAUAGAGAGAUUAAGGUUGAAGAUUCAUCAAGAUACAAGAGAAACAUCUUGUCUGAAUUCCACAGCUUUACUCAUACUCUUGAACAGAAAUUCCACCUUAACCUGAGCCAGUAUAAUACUCAUGAGAUAUAA